UGUGUUGUGAAGCUGAAAAGCAUUUGGAUAAAAUUAUAAAAUGGAAAUUAAUUUAAGGUCAAAUUUAAAUGUAAAUGUACUUGUAAUUAGUCACUGAUUAUGAAAACAAAUGAGUACAACAAAUAAAAUGCACAACAUGUGGGCUGAAGUGAAAAUUAGGACAAUGGAUUUCACAAUUAAUGAUUAUGCAGCUAGAUUAUGUAGAAGUAUGUGGAACAAGGGCGGUAAAUCACCAUUUAAAUUAUCGCAGAUGGCCACAGUCAAAAAUCAUUGGUGGGUAUUCAACUCCUUACGGAGCGUACCCUUGGCAAGUAGAGUUACAAGCAUAUUUAGGAGGAUGGGAACACCAUUGCGGAGGAGCACUAGUAUCUGAAACAAUAGCUCUAACAGCGGCUCAUUGUUUAAGAAAUUUAAAAAAAUCUCAUUUGCGCAUAAUUGUCGGGAAACAUAAUUUAGCUAAAAAUGAUAAACACGAAAAAAUCUACAGAAUACAAAAGAUUUUAGUCCAUCCAAAUUUCAGAAAAGAUGGACCACACAGCCACGACAUAGCGAUUUUGAAAUUGUACUCGGCUAACAGGCAAGGAGUGAGAUUUGACUCGUACAUAAAACCAAUAUGUUUACCCGAACAUUAUACAAAAUCAAAUGAAGCCGACUGGUGCACAGUAACGGGCUGGGGUGCACAAAAACAGGAUGACACUACUAGUUUGCCUAAAGUGUUACAAGCAGCAUCUGUGCCAUUACUUGAUCUAGAAACAUGCCGACACGAAGACAUUUAUGGAGGUCGACAUCAGUUCAUAUUAGAUAGCAUGUUAUGUGCUGGUAGCCUGGAAGGCGGAGUGGAUGCUUGCGGAGGUGACUCAGGAGGACCACUGGCUUGUCAAGUUAAUGGGCGGUUUGUAUUGACAGGCGUUGUAUCUUGGGGUGAUGGAUGUGGCAAAAAAAAUAGGCCGGGUGUCUAUACGAGAGUAUCUUAUUAUGUAGAUUGGCUAAAAAAAGCUAUGACAGAACUCGAAACUUAAACAGAAGGAUUGGCUGUAUAUUUAACUUUGAAAUAUAAAUAUUUAUACAAUGUAAAUUAUGAACAAUGUUUGAACAAAGUUGUGUAAAAAAUGUCCAUAUGUAAAAAUAAAACAGGCAUAAUUC